AUGUAAAAUAGAGAUGACAUGAUAAAACAGUUAUAGAAUCUACAAGACCCAUAUGUAUUGCAACGUUAAAGGUAACAAGAUGUCAAAAGAAAAUAUGAGUAAUUGUUAGCAUAAGUCAAUUUGAUUUAUGAUGAAGAUGGAAAGGAACGUCAAUAUACAGUUGAUUUUCAGAGAUUCAUUCAUUUUUAUAAAUUUCUGGCUCGUCGACCAGAUAGUGAAUAGUCCAAUUAAUCAGUGAUAAACAGAUUAUAAUUAUGGGUACCUGAUACAAUAGUGCUGAAUGAUAGAGAAAUGCCAAAUUAUUGGUUAUAUUCUGACUCAAGAGGGUAUGUAUUUAGAACAGAUACAUUUACAUCUAAAAAUGUAAUUAGCAAAUUAGCCAAUUAUACAUCUCCUGAUGAACUAGUAGCAGUUGUUAAAAAAUAAUAAUUUCGCAAUAUGGAAUUAGUAGGUAAUGAAAUAAAAUUGGUUUGUUGCAGAGAUUUAUAAUCAUAAAUAAAUGCUAAUUUUUCAAAUCGUAUGGAUCUUUGUGUAAUUCAGAAAUUUGUAAAGAGUAAUGGACCUAAAGCAUUUAUAUGUCGUACUAUUUGGAGAAAAGAUAAGAAUCCAUAUUGCUAUAUCAUAACAAAUAAAGAAGAUUACUUCUCAUAAUCAAAUAAUCCAAAGACUGAAAUGACAAAAUAUGCUACAAAUGUGAAUCUAUAAAAUUCAUGUACUAUUGUAAAUACAUGUCGGGGUAAAUAUGUUGAUGAAACUGUACCAUAUGUUAAAAAUCUUCUUAAUUACAUUUAUAUUCAUUUACAUAUCACUUUUAAAGAAUUUUCAGCUGAUUUUAUAAAAGAUGAAAGUGGAAUUUGGUGGUUUAUAAAUGUAAAGGGAUUCAUUAUAGAUAAAAGUCCAGAAAAGAUUAUGUGGAAAUCUAUUACUCAUUAUGGAGAAGAAAUAAAUGAAGAAGGAUAACCUAUAAUUUAAGAACGUAUAUCAACCCCUAAAGCCAAAGUCGCAGAUAUGUGUUAAAAAUAAAAGAUUUGCAAGUAUUGUGAGUAAUCUUAUCCAGAAUAACAUUUAUAAUAUAAGAUGACUUUAAAAAUGAUCAUUUAAACUGAUAAACAUUUAUAUUGGAGAGGUAAAACAUUUAAUUGGAUUGACAGAUCUGAUGUAACUAAUCUUGAAGUUAGCAAUCUUUAUCAUGAACAUAAGGUUUGUAAAUAAUGUUACACUUUAUAUAAGGAAACAGAAUAACUAAUUGAAUUAUAACUACAAUUUAAUAAAUUAUUAGGGUUACCUAGUGAUUAUGAUACUAUGAAUUAAAUGUUAACACUUAAAGCAAAUCAAAUAAAUAAUGAAACUGUUAAAACUGGAUUAGAGGAUUCUAAAUAAAUAUUCAAUAUAUCUGCUACAAAGUAAUUGAUACUUAAUAAUUAAUCUAUUCCUAUGAUUCAUAAUACUGUCAUCAAAAAUUUGAAUAGAUUUAGAUUUAUGAUUUUAAUUCAUUCCAUAAGAGAUGUUCCUUAAAAUGUUGAUUUAUCUAAACAUUAUUAUAUUGAAUGCAAUAUAUUUGAUUAGAAAUUCAAAAUCAAAUUAGAUUUAAUAUAAGGUUAGUUAUUUGAUAAAGGUUAUUUCUUAACAUUAAAUCGUAUGCGAUUAUAUUAUUUCUUUAGUGAUCAACGUAAAGGUUGGAUAGAUUAUGUAAAUCAAUUAAAAGUACUGCCUAUGUAUUUAUACUAAGAGAACACAAGAAUUGGUACAUUGGAACUAGAACUCUAAGAUUUAUUAUCUGAACGAGUCAUAAGAAGAGAAUUCCUUAAGGUUUUUAGUGUAAAAGAUUGUUAUCCAAUAUUGAGUUGGUCAUUAAAUGUAAUCGAUGUUUAGUAAUGUAGUUAACAUUAGGGCUUGUUGAUUCUGGACCAGUUAAUGUUACAAGAAUUAAGUUACAAGAUCAUUUUGGAAUUUCAUUACCAAAUCCUGAUUAUUGCACUUGUGAACCUUUGCCUGCUGAAUGGAUGACCAUAUUAAAUCAAAAAAAAGAUGUUGAGUAAUCUAGAUUUGAAAGAUAAAUGACUGCAUAAACUUUAAAAAGGGUUUCCACAGCUCAUGCUAAAUUGCAGAAGAGUAAAUUUGAAGGAUCUUCACUAUAAUAAGAAAUGGAGUCUUUCAAUGAUUCAACAAAAGAAUUAUAUAGUUAAUUAAAUUUAAAGAAAGAAAUUUAAUUAUAUGAAGUAGAUGAAGAAGAACGUAAAUAAAAGAAAAGAAGACACUUUUAAUAAUAUGAUUUAUGA